AUGGCAGUUCAUCAGUCGGUCCCUUUACAAGGCAAGCUAAGCCAGCAGUUGAAAUCUGGUGCUGAAGAGAGUUCAAUUUAUGAUGAAUCUCAACAAGAGGAGGAGGAGAAACUACAAUCAUUGACUCCAACGCAGGGGGAACAACAGCCUCUACAACCACCACAAGACAAAGAUGGAGUAGCCACCCCACUUUCACAAUCACAGCUUAUCCAGAAUGAGCAACAACAAAGACAAGACCAUGCAUCCACCACUAAUAGCAAUCUACGCAAAAUAACUCAUCCACCAGUACUACGAAUAAUCCCCCCACUCAAUUUCUGCCCCGUUGAAAAACAAUUGUAUCGAUCAGGUCAACCAUCAAUCAUAAACCAACUGUUUUUGAAUCAAUUGAAUUUGAAAACCAUCUUGUGGCUAGCAUCAGAAGAACCCAAUGAUGAUUUUCUCGAUUAUUGCACCUCACAAUCAAUAAAUAUUGAAUACGUUGGCAUGUUGAAUGAAUAUAUUGAAUUUGAUAAUCAUAAUCAUCAACAUCAACUGAACAUACUCCUACAACCAAACAUUAAUCCCUGGGAUUCGUUAACUGAACCAAUAAUUACUAAAGCCUUGGAGUUGAUUGUUGAUAAACUGAAUUAUCCCAUGUUGGUAUGUUGUGGAAUGGGGAGACAUCGUACUGGCACCGUUGUUGGAUGCUUGAGGAGAUUACAGGGCUGGAAUUUGGCGAGUGUGAGUGAAGAGUAUAGGAGGUUUACUGGUGCCAGAGGCGGGAGGAUACUUGUUGAAUUGUUGAUUGAAGGGUUUGAUGUACUGCUGGUUGAUAUCGAUCCAGAAAAGGCUCCAGAUUGGUUAAAGAUUAGGUAG